AUGAACUGGCCAAGGAAAAGAGGUGACGCCUUGUUUGACCCUAGUGACCUCGAGAGCUAUGGAGUUUGGAGCUUGGAUGAGAGGCUAGAACCAACACACCCAGUUCUGGAUGAUACUGCCAGUAUCCUGGACCGGACGGAUUAUCUUUCUUUCGUUGACAACUCCGAAUCGGAGACAAACCAUGGUUCUUACUUGACUGAUACAACCCCUCCACUGGAUGGCCCGAUCGAGGACGGAGAGCCCAUGACAGGGAUUGAACGCCAGCUAGCGCCGAACAUUAUUCCGGAUAUUUCUGGUCCCGAGCCCGUCAGAGAUGAGAAUCUCCGCAUCGAAGACUCCCCCAUAUGUGCAGGAUCCCCUGCCACGCCAGAUGAUUGUCCCAUGCCCGAUGCUGCAUCCCCCUUGCCGGAGGAAAUGGUCCCGUCGGUUGUAUAUCCUCAACCAGAGAGAGAUGUUGUCCAUAGUGGAGAUCGCUGGAGUUUCUCUGCUCUGUUUAUGCUGAAUGAUGCGCAAUUUGAUCAGGAGAAACCUAUGAUCAUGAAGAUAUCUUUCCCCGACAGGGCGACCUCUCCCCCUUUGGAGAUCACGGCGCAUCCAUUCACUGAACAGAGCCAACAAGGUCAAAACAACCAAAGCGUUCUGCGACUGGGAAUAAUGCCAAAAACUAGGCGCACGUGGGGAGACAAAAUAAGUGACUGGGCGAAGAAAAACCUCGAUAACGACGAUCAAAACGAUUUUGAAUCCCAAAUGGAUAAGUUGCUCCGCCUGGUGGUCAACCAGCAAAAGGGGGAGGACCCAUUGUUGUCAACCCUCUUGGAGAUGAAGUUUUGGGUCAGGGAACAAGAAAAGCCGACAGGCAUGACUGACGAAGCGGUUCGCUUGCGUGCAAAACAACGUGAGUUCGAGGUAACCACACAGGAAUUAUUGAAGAAAACAACCGUGGUGUAUGUGGAGAGCUUCCACAAAUAUGACAAGCUUACAAAGCCUGUUCUUGACGGACUUAACAAUACUGAACUGAUUACAACCUUUGAAAAUGCCUGGAGGAAGCUUCAGGAAUUCCAUGAAAAAAUCUUAGCCGUGGGUCAAGUUGUCUUGGAUGACAACUUCUUCAUUGAGCACGUUGUCAAGAAGGAGCUCGAAUAUCUUAAGAAAUCCCGUACUCUUCAACGGUAA